AUGGCGAAUGAAGCGGCUAGUUUAUUGGACCAAUUAAUGGGCGCUCAUCGCAAUGCAGUACCUGGAGAUAAUGUCAAGCCAUUGCAGUACACAGAUCAGGAGGUGUGCAAGUACUACCUGUGCGGGUUCUGCCCAUGUGACCUCUUCACUAACACCAGAGCAGACAUGGGCACAUGUCCAGAUAUCCAUGAUCAGAAACUGAAAAACGACUAUGACUCGAGUGGGCGUAAAGGUGACUACGGAUAUGAGUCAAAGUUUCAGCAUCAUCUGGAGGAUAUUAUUCGAGAUUUGGACAAGCGAAUAUGUCGUGGGCGUGCUCGCCUGGACCGCAGUGUGACUGCUAAGAUACAGGGAGAUGAGGAGGUGUCCAGUGAACGUCUGAUACGCCUCAACGCACGGAUCCAUAGCAUACUGGUAGACGUAAGUGUGUGUGGGGUGUGUGGGGUGUGUGUGUGUGGAGUGUGUGCCUCUACCCUGCAGUUAGAGGUGUUGGGUGCUGAUGGACGUGUGGAUGAAGCUCGUGAUGUCAUGGCUACUCUAGAGAAACUAGAGAAAGAGAGGGACACUGAGAGACGAUCACUGCUUUGUUGGGGACCCAAGAUGGUGGCUGGCUAUGAGUUAGACAGCAACGACUUCCAUGAGAAGAUGGAGAUGUGUGAUGUGUGUGGGUCCUUCCUGGUGAUAGGUGACACACAAGGACGUGUGGACGCUCAUCUACUAGGGAAACAACAUAUUGGUUAUGCUCGUAUUAGGGCCACCAUCACCCAGCUCAAGUCCUUCCAGGAGCAGUAUGAUGCUUCACGAAGAGAGGAGAGGCUCAAGAGGUUGAGCAGGACCUCCUCUAGUCCCAGUAGAGCCAAGGUGGUCUCAAGAUCAAGAAGCCCUCGUAAAAGAUCAAGAAGUCCUCGCAAACGAUCACGUUCUCGAAGUCCUCGCAGGAGGUCUCGUAGCCCCAAGGGGUCAAGAGGUCGACGAAGGUCCCAUCGCUCCAGGACUCCCCACAGAAGGUCAAGGAGGUCACGUAGUCCCAGAAGAUCUGAUAGGAAAUCACGCUCAUCCAUAAGUCCAAGAAAAAGGUCUAAAAGUCCACGGAAAAGAUCUAAAAGUCCACGGAAAAGAUCUAAAAGCCCAAGAAAGAGAUCUAAAAGUCCAAGAAAGAGAUCAAGGAGUCCACGGAAAAGAUCAAAGAGUCCAAGAAAAAAAUCAAGGAGUCCAAGAAAAAGAUCUGAAAGUCCAAAAAAGAGUAUGACUGCAGAGAAUGGAACAAUGGAACAAUGAGAGAUUGAUUAUACAUGCAUUGCUGACGUCAGCAUAAUUAUUAUUAUCCUUUUCAAAUUUCUACAGUGGGCGUGGCUAACAGAAUUAAUUGUCAACUCAGCAGAUUUUACUUUGGAGUGGGCGUGGCUAAACUGCCCUCCUUUACCAAUUCACUGAAAAUACAGUUUUUAUGCUUUCUCUUUGUGAGUUGAUGUUUAAGAAAUGAGGAGACGGUCUGGAGCAGCAAGACAAGUGGCCGCUCCUCAGUGUGGUCCUGACAGCACUGCUUGGUGGGAGUCACGGCUUCUCCCUUAUCAAACCAGUGUAGUGUUUAUAUGGAGUGCCCUCACAUUCGACCACUCUAUAAUACCAGGAGCAGCACUCUGGACACUAGUACACCUGCUACUGUGGUCCUUGUUUGAGCUGAGUGGCAGUGUUCUAGAGGGAUGGGGCAAUCUCCUUGUUAUGGCUGCUAUACUCUAUGCCCUGCUGCAGUUAGGCCUUCGCUAUGGCAACCUGACAUCAGGGCCUUCAUCAAAUACAGGGAGUGGCGGUCGGUUUAAAGAGAUCUGUGCUCUGGUGGCCAUUAGCUCACAUGUGGUGUGGGCCUCACUCACUAAGACCCUACAAAGCAGGCACUCUAAUCCUAAGAUGUUCUAUGGUGUUGGAAUUAUCCUCUCAUUCCUCUUCUACCAUCUCGGGCAGUGGCUCUCCACACCAAUCUGCUUUCAUAUCAUAGUGAGUACUCUGCUUUUGCUGCCCCUGGUCUUGGAUCAGCACAAGCCUAAUAAUUCAGAGCCUUUAGAGAACAAGCUACAGAGAAUGAAAGCUGAACUGACCUCCCUAGCUCAAUACAUAUUAGCCAGACUCAAACAAACUCUCAACAGAAGAGGACCUACUGCCCCUACUAGAUAGCUUAUGUGUCGGUGUAUUAUGUUAACGCGCUAUUAUGUACAUGUCAUCAUAAAUAAACAUUAUAAUUUGUGAUUUUAUUA